GAAUUGACAAAGAAUUUAAACUUGUUGUUAGAAAAAAAAUUAAAAUUAUUAAUAAAAAAAAAAAAUUAAUUAAAAUCAAAGAGGGCUUCAAUUCCGGACCCCCGGAUAUUCGUGCCUGUACUACUGCCCUACCGGUUUUAGACAUCGGUAGGGAACAAACCUAUAAAGAGAACAGUAGUCGCAUGAAAAGACGAAAAGGGCAUGGCUGAGUACGAGUGUUGAUUUGAUAUUUUUGACCCACUAUAUAUAAUCCUCGUCCUCCUUAUCAAACAAGUAUUGAAGCAAAAUAUUUUGGCCAUAUACACUGUUGGCUAGUUGAUUACACACAUAUAUUGUCGAAUGAGCACCGCUAUCUAUUACCCUGAAGAUCAUAAGCAUACCCUUCCGUCAUUGGUUCAAAUCAUGCCCCAGUCUUCGCAACCACAGAACCAGCUACAUGUAUCAUCACUUCUGCCCAACAUGUCUGCCUUACCAUUUAAUUCCGAUGUCUUUUCCAACAAUGGGCUGCAACCAUCGACCGCUAACACCACUCCAGCUUCAUCAUUUUCAGGACAAUCGUCGGUUCCCUUGACCGGUGCCUAUGGACCGGACAAAUGUACCUGUAAGAGCAGUGCUAACCGGAUUCCUCGUCCUCGGAAUGCAUUCAUCCUUUUCCGUCAGAAAUAUCAUCAAUCCGUUUUGGAUGAAGGCACAGUGAUUCGUACCAAUCCAGAAGUUUCUCGUGAACUCGGUAAGCGUUGGAGAAAUCUUCUGCCCAAAGCCAAGGAGUACUGGAAUGGGUUAGCUGAAGAUGAGAAAGUUGCCCAUGCAAAGAAAUACCCAGGUUAUCGCUACACCCCUAGAAGAAAUGGGAAAAGUAAGAGUUGUGAAUUCUGUAGAAAUAAGGCGUUACGCCUGCAACAAGCACAUCUUCGCAAUCAACAAAUGUUGCAGUUACAACAAGAUCAAUACCAACAGUUCUUACAAAUGCAACAGCAACAGAUGCCACAACAGAUGCCACAACAGAUGCCACAACAACAGCAACAACAGCAACAACAGCAACAACAACUUCAAGCACAAUUUACUCAACACCAAUCUCUUUCACAGCCAUCCUCGUCCAACCAUCAAGUUUCUCCCUUGCAACACAUGCCUCCAUAUGGAGCCCAAGCACCAGGCCCAGGAAUGAAUGCUAGCUCGCACCCAGUGCACCACAGCAUUUCGUCAGCCUCGGGACAAGUUGUAGCACCACCACCACUCCCACAACAAUACGUACAAUACAUCCCGUUCCAACAACCAAACUUUCAAUUUUCAUUCGGUGACAAUAAUAAUAGCAAUACCAAUAACACUACAAGCAACAACAAUUUGAACGCAAAUUGUGCUACUAACCUCGUUGUCACUGACCAAAAACUUCUGCCAUUAUCGGGACCAAAUCUUGGAGAUGUGAACUCGCAAUUCCAAGGCUACGACCAACGAUACUACGCCCCAGGGAUGGAAAUGUCUAACUACCAAAUCUAAGUGUCUCACCUACACAAAUACUCUCAGCGCCGGUUGUUGAGAGGAUCCUACACACCACAAACACAAACGUAACCCGUCGGACUUCACCCACCCUCCAUGUAUAAUUUUCAUUUAUAAAGCGAAGGCAUUUACAAUAUUGAUAUCAGUG